AUGUCGGCUCAUGCCAUGCCGGAACACUGGACCGAGCUCAACACGGCGAAGAAGCAAGGGCAACUUUGCCUGGCUGAGGUAGACUCUAUCAAAAGCUCGUGUGCGAAAAAUUGCGUCAAUGAUCAGGUGGGAAAUUGCUCGAACUGCUAUGAGAAGGUGUUGGAUCGAAUACGGCAGAGAUACAUGGACAGCCAGGGCCGGGAGUGGUUCACUGGCCGGAAGGCGUUCCUCCACGAGCUUGAGGGUCUAUUUGAAGAAGCCAAGGCUCGCAAGAGGAGCGUCAGAUCCAUUGAGGCCAGGAUAGAGUCCGAGAAAGAGGCGUGGUAUCGAUGGGUCUUGCGAACGUACCCCGACUUCAUCACGACGACGGUCCAGCUGGCCAAUCAAGAAGAGCAUAGGCUGAUGCUGGAUAACCCUGGCCAACCAAGGGCGGAACUGGUGGGCAAGAUGCUGGAGGGAAUCGGAAAACCAGCGGACUGGCCACUGAGCGUCGAGGCAUUUGCAGAGCGAGUGGCGGCCGUACAGGAUAAUGCUGAGGAGUUGAAGAAGCUCUACAUGGCCGAAUUCUUCCAUGACAAGUCCUCCGGCCUUGUUCUAGACAGCGCCCAGCAAUAUCUGGACGAGUACCGGCACAGCGACAGUCUGACACUGGAGGGCAUCAUGGACAGAGUUGCGUCCGAUUUAAAGGCAACCAGAAGCUCGCAAUCGCUGCGAGACAAGCACACAAGACGACUGGGCGAGCUCCGGAGAGCCAGGACGGCAUUUGAGCAGCACAAGAAACUGGCUAAGGGACGGUUAUCCAGCAAAAAUGCCCCGUCGGCCCCGAGCGGCAUGCUUCAAAACCCACCAGCCUGCUUGGUUUGUGGGAAGACGGUAGACUACAAGGAGCUGCUUUCGUGCUCCUUCUGCCAGGCCAUGGCUCACAUGGGAGGGCGAAAGAAUCUGACGGUGUAUUGUACCGAAGAGUGUUACCACAUCGGUCACAAUGAGCAUGUGGAAGAAGAACAUAGUUGCGAGGCUGGCGAAAAGUGUGUUCAGCUUGAGGACAAGGACGUGGAGAUGAACGACGGCACUUGUGCCGAACUGGUCGAGGACACUGCGCGGCUACAAUCACACUCGCGGACACCAGGCCCGUCCAAAAGUUUCAGCAUCGACUUUGCUGUCCCGAGGCCGGAGGCCGACGACAGCUUUGCCGCUUUACACGGUUCUCAUGAAGCUUUCGUCGAUAGACUGUUUCAAGAAGAUGCUGAUCUCGAUAUGUCCGAGCCGUCACAUUCUUCUCGGGCACUUCCGACCCCGUCGGCUUCAUCGACACACUCGAUCCAAGAAUUCCAAGGAACACCAUCGUUCAACCUCGCAUCGGCCGAGGCGCUUCUGACUUCAUUUCGAUCGAUGCUUGGAUAUUUUCCUUGCAUUCUACUUCCCCAUGAUGCGACCGUGCCGCGCCUCGCUGCCACCAGACCCUUUGUCUUGUUGGCAAUUCUGGCUGCUGCGUCUGGUUCGAGGACCCUCCAGGGGCACAACCUGUACGAUGACGAGUUCAGAAAGGUGCUCGGGCUCAAGUUUGUGGCUGGUGGUGAGAGGAGCCUGGAGCUGCUCCAGGGUAUUCUCAUUUAUUGUGCGUGGUACCCCUUCCACCUGCGACCGAAGAACAAGCAGGCGAUUCAGUACCUGCGAAUGGCAGGAGACUUGAUCCACGACCUCGAAUUGGAUGAGCCGUUGACAACCCAGCAUGAGCUACGAGUGCAUGUGGCGACUGACCAGCAGCUCGACGGUAUCCGGGCUCAUCUGGGCUACAUAUACAUCAUUUCGACUUUUGCUGCCACUUGGCAAGGAAAGCGAGGCCUUGCAGUUGCCUUCACCUCGUGGACAAAUGUCUGCUGCGACAUACUCGAAGAAAACGCGCAGGACGACGGAGACCUGGUGCUUUCUACGUUGUACCAUCUGUCGAGCAUUCUAUACGAGGCAUCCGAAGCGACUCAAAAGUGCAAAGACCAAAGCGAGCAGCACAGUAGGCUGAUCCUAUCUGGCCUCGGCUUGCAAUUUCGUGAGCUGCAAGCUAGAUUGCCUCCCGCCGCUGCCGAUUCUCCACCUGUGACGAUGCAGACAAUGUUCAUGGAGUUUUACCUCGACGGCGGCCUCAUUCUCAGCCUCCCUCGUCCCGGGUCCCCUUUGUUGAGGGUUGGACCUUUUCCGCCUACCGCGUUCAAGUUAUAUGACGCGUCUCGGAAACUCGGAGAGUUCCUCGAGCACGUUAGUUCUCUAGAGGAAGCAUCAUUCUUGGCAUUUUCCCUCAGCGAUUGGACACGUCUCAUACUCGCCAUCAUCCAGGCACUUCGCCUGUCCUUCGACCAGCCGCAGGGUGCCGAGCAUGACUCUUCGACUGCCCGGUCAGAACUUCAAUUCGGUCGGUUUUUGUCCAAGAUGUGCCAGGAGACAAAUAUUACGCCGGCCUCUAGAGGGGUCGACGUGCUGUCGGCCUUUCGAGUCGUCUUGGGUGUGGUCGAGAAAAAGUACGAGCGUCGCCUCUUGGCCGUCGAGCAAGCGCAACCCGCUGCCAAAAGCAUGCAUCAUAGGUGCCCUAUGCUGGAUGGAAGUCUGAAACAAUUCUUACCCCUAUGGGAUGCUGAGUUUGGACCGAUGCCGAUGCCACAAGCUCCAUCGAGGCCAUCCGAGGCAGCUGCACCGCCCAUGUUUCAUGAUCUCUGGGCGACGAUGACGAUGGGGUGGACAAGCGAUGACAACGCAUUUGAGGAUGGUAAUUCAGAUCCCAAGUCGAGCUCGGCUUGGAGAGUAACAAGCGAAGCGAGAAGCGUGUGA